GGAGAGACUCGGGGUGCGUGAAUGUGAGUAAUUCGCAAGUGUUAGUUUCGGGUGGAAAAACUCCCGAUCAGGUGACGUAAGUUGGAAUUUGAUAUUCUGCGCGUAAGUUCAUGCGACUUUCGCCCGAGUCCUCGUGAGCGAUGGCUGUGACUUACACCAAUCGUGUUUUCUUGCGCGGUAUUUGCAUGGUGUACAUGUUUGCCUUUACAUCUGUGUAUCUUCAAAUACCGGGUCUGUACGGCAGAAAAGGAAUCUCACCUGCUCAUUUUGAACUGCAACGGCAACCUGGCGAAGAUCUGUGGAGUUGUAUUCGACGAAACCCGACUGUUCUUUGGCUGUCCAGCCCCCUUGGUCUCGAUGCGUCUAGUGGAAUGGAAGUUUUGUCAAUUCUUGGUGCUGCAUUGGGAUUCCUUGGAUUUUUGAGCUACACAUUCUGCUCAGCAAUCAGCAUGUUGUUAAUGUGGAUUUUCUACUAUUCUAUCGUUCGGGUGGGGUCCACAUUCAUGCAUUUUCAAUGGGAUAUUCUGCUGCUGGAAGCUGGCUUCAUCGCCAUUUUGAUGGCUCCAUUACUGAAGCCCAACCGAAAAUCAGAUGUGAAAGACGACCUUCUCCUCUGGAUGGUUCGUUGGCUUUUCUUUCGUCUGAUGUUCGCAUCUGGUGUGGUUAAACUUCUGAGUAACUGUCCCACUUGGUGGGGACUCACAGCGUUGAAUUGGCAUUACGAGAGUCAGUGCAUACCGACUCCUUUGUCGUGGUACGCACAUCAAUUACCUGAUUGGUUCCAGCGUUUAUCAGUUGUCGUUACUUUUGUGACCGAAAUCCCGAUCCCGCUACUGUUCUUCGCUCCUGUACGGAAUGUUCGGCUAUUUGCUUUUUACAUGCAGCAAAUUUUCCAAAUUGCGAUUAUGCUCACCGGUAACUACAACUUCUUCAACAUCCUGACGCUGAUUCUAAGCAUUAGCUUAAUAGACGACGAUUGGUUCUUCAAAAAUCUACUCAUCUUCAGUUCCUUACAAAUUCUCCAUUUGAUAGGUGGGAAUAAAGGGAGACGUUCAUCUUGGUUGUCCACCGUUUCGAGCUUGGUGUUCAGUAUCUUCGUAUAUGCAUCAGUAUACUUGUGCACUACUGAACUUUUUUCCGUUUCGUUGAUGGAUGGCGUUGUCACAUCACGAAUAGCCUUCACUCCUGGACAAUUGCGCUGGGCGUUAGGUUCUGUUGUUCCCGCGGUUUUAGGGAUUUGCUCAGUUUUGUUCGUUUUCAAGCUCUUCAAAGGGAUCUAUGCUACAUUUGGAAAACUUUGGACUGGAAUCCGAUUUGCAUGUAUUUGGGGAAUGUGUGCGCUUGUCUUUACCGCAAGUUUCGUGCCAUUCACGAGUUUUGAGCCGAACACCAGUCGCCGCCUCCCGUCAAUUGUGAAGAAUGUAUAUCAUGCCGUUGAUCGGUUUUCGAUCGUCAAUUCCUACGGACUUUUCCGUGUGAUGACGGGAGUUGGAGGUCGUCCAGAAAUUGUUAUCGAGCGGUCUGACAGUUUGACUACACCUGUCUGGCGAGAAGUAUCGUUCCGUUACAAGCCGGGUGCGCUUGAUGUUCCCCCGCCUUUUGUUGUUCCUCAUCAGCCCAGGUUGGACUGGCAGAUGUGGUUUGCCGCCUUGUCAGACAUGGAACAUAAUCCAUGGCUGUACUCGCUAGUGUUCAGACUGCUGGAUGGAAGCGAGGAUGUAGAGCAACUGCUUCAUCCAAAUGAAACCAGCUUACCGCAGCUUCCAAAGCAGAUACGAAUCUCGUCGUAUUUAUAUCACUAUACUAGCUUGGAUUCCAGAAACAAGAAUGACCUGAAGAAUUGGUGGAAGAGAGAUUCUCGCAAGGAAUACUUGGCUCCGGUAACGCUAGAAUCUCGAGAGAUGAAAGCUAUGUCUAAGAUGAGUCGCAUUCCUGAUCCAAGAAGACCUCAUCCGGUGUGGACGUCAAUUUUAAAAUUUUUACGUUCUUUUGUUGUUGUUCUGAGUCCCCAUUUUUUCAUUUGGGGUCUGUUUUUGACUGGUGUUAGCAUAAUCAUUUCCAAGUCUCUUCUCAGGUGAUUGUUUCUUUGUUAGCCUGGAGAUUGUGUUUAUGUUGAGCUCAUGAAUGCGCUAGCAUUGAUCGCCGUUAUGUGGCUGUUCCGAGGUUAUGCUGGUUUCGCGCCUUGUUACGAGAAUUCCGACAUCCUCCCGAGAGUUUUCAGUUGUCAAAUUCAACCUGACCAUGCUCCUUGA